GGGGUGAUGAGGAAGGAUUCGAUGAAGAGAGUCUUGGAAUCACAUCUAUGCAUCUAUUCACAUCAGCCAGAGAAAAUCGUGCUCUCACGGACAAAAUUGCAUGCGUAGAGAUGAUGAAGCUUCAAGAACUCCACAGCCAACAGCGCCAACAGGACAACCAACCAACAGCGCCUGCACGUUUCCGACGAUCUCGGCGUCGCAUCCUCGAGCAUUGGGGAGGUCCUCCACACUCGCGAAGAAGAAGACGCGACGACGAAGCUCCAUGAAGAAGAGCUUGGGCCACAAGAGAACGAUUCUGCAGAGCAGCGAUAGUCGAUCUGAGCCCUGCCUUGCUAUGGACAGAGCGGUGGAAUGACGAGGGUGCCGCUAGGGCUGCGAGGUCCGAGAGGGUGGAAGCGGAGAGGGGCAGCUCCGAAACCAGCAAUUUCCACCAACACCGCCCCUUGCCCGAAUCUAGCCACCAAUCGAUCUCAAUUGAUCUGGUGUGAUCAAUCGAGCUCACCGCGCUCAGCUAGAACCGGGCUCGAACUCGACCCCAAAGCUUGCCCGCACCGUCAUCCUCGACGGGGCUCUCCGCGUGAGCUCACGCCUCCAUCAUCCCCAUCUCUCACAUAAACCCCGACACAUAAAACUCCGAUCCCUUCGCGUCGAACGCAGCAAUCCCUCCUCCGCUCGCACGAUGGCGAACAAGAAACGGACCCUCAAGAAAAAAAAUGCCAGCGCCCACUGUAAAAAGCUCAAGCUCGCGGUCGAGCGGGAGGGAUCGACAAGAUGGUACCACAGACAGCUCGGCGCAGGGAGCGGCGCGAGGGCUUGUUCCCGGCCGUAUCUCGUGCGAUGCCCGCCUCCUAGGGAUAGUUGGAUAGAUAGAUAGAUUGCAUGAUAGUAGAUAGAUAGAUUUGAAAGAGGGAGGAGGAGCUGGUUUGGUUGACGAAUUUGCACGGACAGGGUAGGCGAGAUUGUAGAUCUUGACCGAGCGAUCUGGGACUGUGCGUUCAUGUGGUGAAGAAUUAGUGUGGGGUGGUGAGAUGGCCGACUGAUGGAGCAGUCCAUUGAUCUUCUGUGUCCCAGAGAUGGAACAGGCUUUGAAUUUUCAGUAGUGGUUUCCGAUCGAAGGCGAGCUCAGUAGUCUGGUCGAGUUAGUAGAUAGAUAUCGGAGGAUAUUUUGGCCCGGCUUUGUAUACUGCACGAGGUAGUGGAGUAGGCAGUUUUGAAGCAUGGGGUUCACGGCAGGUUUGAUUUUCGGCUUUGCCUUCGGAGUGGUGAUCGUUGCUCGCCUCGCGUUUGUGAUGCAAAGGAGAAGGAAACAGAGAAUUGCCAAGGCUGCAGAAUUGCAAUUUCUUGGACAACUUACACAAGAUGAUAUUAAGAAACUUUGUGAUGGUAACAGCCCGUUAGGGAUAUCUUUACCAGAAUUCGAGCGGGUUCAAUGGAUGAAUAAGCUACUGGAUAAAGUUUGGCCUAAUGUGGCGAAGGCAGCAGGAGCAGUCAUCAAGGAAUCGCUGGAACCUAUCCUGGAGAGUUACAGGCCAAUUGGUAUAUCGCAGUUGAAGUUUAAGAAGCUGUUUUUGGGAAAUGUGGCUCCUCAGAUCGAAGGUAUCAGGAUGCAGAGCUUGAAAGAGGGCCAGGUCACCAUGGACUUGGACUUCCGAUGGCGAGGCGAUUCCAGCAUUGUACUAGAUGUUUACACUAGAUGUGUACUAGGGUUAGUCCUUCCAGUGGAGCUGAAGGACUUCAAACUUUUUGCCACCAUCCGGGUCAUCUUCGUGUUGUCAGAGGAGAUGCCUUUUAUAUCCGCUAUCGUGGUUGCCCUGUUGGCAAAGCCUAAACGCGAGAUAAGGUAUACAUUGAAGGCGAUCGGUGUUCCCUUAACAGCCGUUCCCGGUAUUUCGAUGAUUAUAAGAUAUCUCGUGAAGACCAUUGUUACCCUACAUUUACAAUGGCCGCGCAGAAAAAUCAUCUCACUUUCGGCAGAUCCUAGUGUUUUAAGGUUUGUAAGAGCCAAUCAAUCAGACUUAUUUGAUUUAUGGGUUACCCUUUACGGUUUUGUGUGGCGUUGACGGGGUGUCGUCGUCGCUGUUGGUGGCUCUUGGAGCUUUCUGGGAGAGAAGGCGUUACCAUGGUUGGCAAGGGAGUGAAGGCGCUCCCCAGAGGUAUGACUAACUCUAUCGGCAACAUCUCUAAGAAGACCAGGGACGCAAAUGGAACGGCCAAGUGAUUUCUGAACUGUAUAUUUACCCGCUUCUGCCAUAUACGGACACCGGCCAUUGUCUUCUGAACUCUACCGGUACUCGCUUCAACUUCACUGUCGCUAGCUCCGACGGCACACUUACGCAGCACUUCCUAUGAAACAAAACGAUGAGUUUACGGUGUCCUGUAUAUAGGUGUGUAUGUUUCAUUGCGAUAUUAUACCUCUGUAUUAUACGGAAAUCCCAAACCGUACCUUGUAUAAUUGUAUAGUAAAAAGUCCGUAUUGGAGUCCGCACAAGUGUUGCUGGCUUGCUACAAAUGUGAGAUUUAAGAUUUGUCAUAGACUUUACUCGAAAAAGAAGUAUACGCGAAGAAUCCAAUUAUAGAGACCCACAGUCCUGUACCUUGCAAAGUAUACGAUGGGAAGGC